AUGACGAGGAAGUCGCAGCUGCAUCCAGUGUCACGUCACGGCGUCGUAUGGCUCCCAUGGAAGCUCGUUAUCUUUUUAUACGUCGCGCUAUCUCUUCUUUCCCUCCUCUCUAUCCACCUUCAGUACUAUUCCGUGACAAUGUUGGAGCCGCUCUCCGUCGCGGGGUCUCAUAUACCGCCUCGUAAAUACCCCCGCGACUGUCCGAAGGUCGCCUUCCUUUUCUUAACUCGGCGUGAUCUCCCGCUUGACUUUAUGUGGGACAGAUUCUUCAAGGGGGCUGAUCAGGCGAACUUCUCUGUCUAUAUACAUUCACAACCUGGUUUCGUGUUCAAUGAAGAGACCACGAGAUCACAUUAUUUCUAUAACCGCCAGCUAAACAAUAGCAUCAACGUUAUAUGGGGAGAAUACAGCAUGAUCGAAGCAGAGAGAUUGUUGCUUUCAACUGCUAUAGAUGAUCACUCAAACCAGAGAUUUGUUCUUCUCUCUGACAGUUGUGCUCCGUUAUAUGACUUUGGUUAUAUAUACAAAUAUCUCAUCUCUUCACCGAGGAGUUUUGUGGAUAGUUUUAUCAAUACUAAAGAGAGACGGUACAGUAUGAAUAUGUCUUCAGUCAUACCUGAAGAGAAAUGGCGAAAAGGGUCACAAUGGAUAUCUGUGAUCAGAAGUCAUGCAGAGCUCAUAGUUAAUGAUGGUAUUGUAUUCUCAGCUUUUGAGAAAUUUUGCAAGAAAGCUCCACCUUUUGGUUCACAAGAGGCACAGCUGUUUUUUAGACAGAACCUGCGCAAUUGCAUCCCCGAUGAACACUAUAUCCAAACAUUGCUUACGAUGCGUGGACUAGAGAGUGAAAUGGAACCAAGAACACUGACGUACACUGUAUGGAACGUCUCGGGUACAAAACAUGGAGCCAAGUCUUGGCAUCCCGUCACUUUCACAUUUGAAAACUCCGGCCCUGAGGAUAUACAAGAAAUAAAGAGUAUAAACCAUGUCAAUUACGAGUCUGAAUCACGAACAGAAUGGUGUACAGCCGACUCAAAACCUGUCCCGUGCUUUCUCUUUGCAAGAAAAUUCACCAAAGAAGCAGCUAUGCACCUUGUGAGUGAAGUACUAAUAGGAUCAUCAAAGAAAACGUAG